AUGGCAAACGAGACGGACCGAGGUGUCUCUUCCCGUGCGGAGCGAAAAGCUUUACAAAAGGCCAAGAUAGUGCAACGUGAAAAUGAGAGAGAGAUCUUUAGGCUGGUUGGACGUAUCUUGAAGAAACCAGAGGGAGAAAGGUCUGAGGAGGAGACUUCUGUGCUUAUGUUGCAUAGAGACACUGUUGAUGAGCUUUGUAAAAGAAAGAUCCGCAGCAAUCAACUCAAGAGGAAGCAAGAGGAGGUGUUUGACACUGCAGACGAUCUGAAAAGCAAAGUGCGGAAGCUGGCUGUGGCAGUCAAACAAGCAAAACACUUGGUGGUUUACACUGGUGCUGGAAUAAGUACAGCGGCAUCGAUCCCUGACUACCGAGGGCCCAAUGGAAUUUGGACACAAUUGCAGAAGGGCCGUUCUGUCAGCUCAUCUGACCUGAGCAAAGCAGAGCCGACGCUCACACAUAUGUGCAUUUGGGCACUUUAUAAGGAAAUGCUGGUGAAGCAUGUCGUGUCUCAAAAUUGUGAUGGACUUCAUCUACGUAGCGGUCUUCCCAGACAUGCCCUGUCUGAACUUCAUGGAAACAUGUUUAUUGAGGUGUGCACUACCUGCUCUCCAGUCAGGGAAUACGUACGUUUAUUCGAUGUGACUGAGCGAACGUCCCUCCACCGGCAUGGCACGGGCCGCAGCUGCUGUUGCUGUGGUGGAGAACUCAGGGACACAAUUGUGCACUUUGGGGAACGUGGAACCCUGGAACAACCGCUCAACUGGAAGGGAGCUGCAGAGGCGGCAAAGGCGGCUGACGUUAUCCUCUGCUUAGGUUCGAGUCUGAAGGUGCUGAAGAAAUAUGCUUGUCUGUGGUGCAUGAACAGACCAGCAAGUAAAAGACCAAAAUUGUACAUAAUUAACCUCCAGUGGACACCAAAAGAUGACUUGGCUGUACUAAAAAUCAAUGCCAAAUGUGAUGAUGUCAUGAGUCUUCUUAUGGAGGAGCUUAAUAUCCAGAUUCCUAUUUAUGACAGGGCAGAGGACCCCAUCUUUAGCCUUGCUGUACCUCUUCAGCCUGAGGAUGAGGACAGCCACACCCGUGCCGUAAUAACUCCCCACGCUGGUCCGGGCGAUUCCAUUGAGGACGGUGGCGAGACUACAAAGGCCAAAGCUGUGCAGGGUGGCUGGUUUGGAAGAGGCUAUGGCAAAGGAAGGAAGAAGAAAAAAGCAGCCUAG